AUGGCGGCUCCGCCAGCGUACUACUUCCCUGCAGGCGCACCGCCAUACUACUUCUCCAUCCCGAUGGUUUACGCGCCGGUGCCGUGCGCCCAGACCUCCGCCGCCGGUGCCGCCUACGGCCGCCCACCAUGGGAGGAGCGGGAGAGAGAGGUCGCGAGGCAGCAGGAAAUGCAGCGGAUACAGCAAGCUCAACAACAACAGUGGACGGCCUCGCGCGGCCCCGUGCCCCUCCCCGGAUUCGCCCCUGCCUACUGGGGCAACGUUCCCCUCACCCCCGCCACCGUGCUCACGCCCACGCCCACGGCACCCGUCCACACAUCCGCCGGACGGCCGCGUCCACUGGACACUCCGCGUCGCGCGCAGACCCCGCAUCGAGCGCAGACUCCGCGCCCUCCGCCAGCUCUGCGCCCGCCGUCGACUCCGCACCCGCCGCCCGUGCAGCUGUGCAAGGACAGGGCCGUGCGCAUCGAUCCGCUGCUCGCGUUCCCGCACCACCACCCCAACCGGCCGGGAAAACUGCACUGGGACAUGAUGCACCCGCCGUCGGCGGCGUGGGUGCGCAAGACCUGGGGGCGGAUCCCCGCGGAGAGGCUGGAGUGCGCCGCGAUCGCGCUGCAGGACAGGACGGACGUCCAUCUGAGGGUCUUCGUGCUCGUCUUCCCCGACGCGCCGGCGUGCGCGGUGCGCGUGCGGAGGACGGACGGGCGGAGCGUCGGCGUCGGGGACUUGAUGGACGCGCUGUAUGUCAAGCUGCAGCAGGAGGUCUCUACCCAGGAGGAACUCUACAUCAAGCAGUACUUGGGCGCGGUGGAGAAGGCGAGGCACGAGCGAUUGAAACGCUACAAGUAUCCGCAAUCGCGGAGGCCGAUCAAGAUUGAUUACUUGGGGAAGGAUCGCAUGUUCAUGGGGAUCCGGAAGGCGCUGAAGUGGGAGACGCCGCGGGAGUUUGCACAGGAGGAUGUCUUCAUCGUCGAAACCGACGAGUGCGAGUGA